GACAUGGGCCCCGUAUUAUAAAACUUUUGACUUACCAUAAUAGUAACUCCCCGAGAUACUAUUAUGGUAGUUACCAUCAAUGGUAACUACCAUCGGAGCUUAAUAUCCGUUGCAUAAAACCGAUAUUAACUAAUAUAAGAAAAACCCGCGAAUGGUCUUCUUGGACGAGCCAGAAAUUUAAGCGCAUGCGCAAUACCCGUCGUCUGCUAGAUAUAGCCACUGAGAUAAACACCGAAGACGGCUGCUGCUAAUCUACAAUUAUCGUCAAUCGAAAUGGUGAAACGCAGGCCGAAUUUGACAGGUCGGGAUGUCCGCUGCCUGGCAGACUACGUGAAAAAGAACCGCCAAGCUUUGUUCGGCAAAGCGGGGAACUGUGUGGAAAAGAUCAAAAAACGAAAAGAGGAUGCAUGGGCCCUAGGGCUCGUAUCCCUAGAGGCCCAGGGACUCCAACCAGGUAGAACAGUAAAGGACUUGCGUCUUACCUGGAAUGAAAUGGCGGCUAAGGCCCGAAAGUACCGGGACGCAAAGAACAAGACAGGAGGUGGACCACCAGUGGAAUAUAAUGAGAAGCACGAGGCAGUACUGGAGGCAAUGGUGGAGGAGAGUGUGGAGGGCAUUCUGGGGCCAGAAGAGGAGGCUGGAUACCUAGCUCUCCCUUCGAGCCAAAUGUCACAGACAUCAGAAAAUGCCAUGGCUGUGGCCAUGAUGGUAAGCAGCAUGGUGGGUGGCAUAUCUGUGCCGGCCCGGGACCCACAGACCAGUACUAGUGCAGCCAGCAGUGCCGGACCACCAAGAGGCCAGCCUGUUCUAGUAGGGGAUAGCACGGCCAUAGACACCAAGAAGCCAAUCACCUGUUAUGAAGAAAGGCUUCUGGAGAUAGAAGAGGAAAAGUUAUUACUUAUGAAGCGUGCGGUUCACUUGUUCGAAUUAUUUGUUUGUAAUCAAAAAGAGGUUUAAAAUUGUCACUUUUGUUUGUUUUGCAAAUUUUUUGUUUUGCAAUUUUCUCAUAAAUUUGACUUCAUACCUAUUAUGGCUGUAGUGAGCCAAUAAAUUAUUAUGUAAGAAUGAUAUGUUAAUUUCGUUCUUAUUCAUGAUAACUUUACCUUUCAAUAUUCAAAAAGAUUAUAUCAUUGUGCAUUUUGGAACUAAGGAAAUUAGGUUUCCUAGAAAUCAAUAUGAAUAUGUCGUUAUUAAAAAUGAAUUGACUAUGCAUGAGCGUUCCACGGGACUCCCCCCCCCCCCCCUUCCCCAGUCAGGUUUGGAUUAAAUAUGUGGCCUGCUUCUGAAUAGAACAAAUUACAAAUUCAGGAGAUAUACUCUUCCCAUAUAUACUGUAAAUUAACUGAAUCUAAAGAUAAAAAUGUUAUGAGGCCAAUCUUAAGGAUAUCUUACACACUUCAUUGAAAGAGGGCCUUGAAUAUGAUGUCACAUUCAUAUACAAAUUUAUAAAACAAUAUGACUAUUGGCAGGUCAGCAGAACAUGCCCUAGCCUGGCGAUUCCGUGAAAUUUGAAUUUUGGCUUGGUGCUACCUUAGCAAUUAAUCCCCCCCCCCCCCCCCC